AAAUCCACUCUAUCUUAUAUCUUUAUAUUUACAUAUUCAUUUUUCUUUCUUAGAAGAAUUUUUCAAGUUUUUAUGAUUUGGACGUGUUCUCAAUACGAAACUAUGCUACCUUGUACUUGCAAUUUUUUCCUUUUCGUUUAUUAUUGAUCUCAGCAAAUAUGACAGUAGUAUAUUAAUUAUUUGUGUAUUUGUUCGCGGAACUUUAUAUAAUCGCGUAAUUUCCCAAGUAUGGUAAAGAGUUUUCUAAUUAAAUAUCUUUCCUGACCGCGUCAAUUGUCGUCCCAGGAUCAUCUUGUCUAACACUUUUGUAAAUAAUAACGUUAAUGACAAGUUAAUGACAUGUCGUCAAAUUGCAGGUUAUAGGUAGGCGUUCUUCAACAAAUUUAGUAUUUUACGUUAAAUAGAAUUAUUAGGUGUUUAAUUUCGCAAAAUUUACAGUAGGUUAGAGCUCUAUCUGCGCGAAAUUCGCCAUCUCGCGCUCGCAAAGAAUUUUACCGUAAAAUUCUAACCGAGCCCCGAGUGGUUUGCGGCUGACAGCUUAGCAGGAAUUUUGUCUGGAGUCGGUAGAUGUCUCCUCCUUUCAGCGAGAGACACAGAACGCGACAUCUUACUUCUAUCAUCGCGAAUAACGAUUAGGCACUUUUUCCAAAAUUUUCAUCCUUCUUAUAGUGUCUUGCUCCACGAAGAACGUCAAUUGAGCAAAUGUAGAAGAUGAUAAGACAGUAAGAGUUAUAGGAAAGGUACGAACAUUUUUACAAUUAUGUUUCCUCAAAUAAAUCCUCGGUAAAUCUUCGGUUUACUCUACCUAAAUCCUAGGUUUCUUUAAAUAAACGUUGUAUUUGUCUUUUAGAAUAAAAGCUUACAUAGAAAGUAUAAUAUGUAGUGUUUAAACGAUAAGUUAUUUUCUUUCUAAUAACCAGUCAAACGAUUUCUCCUAUGCAUUCCUUCCCCUCUUCUUUUUUCAUGAAAGUUCGAUAAUCACGUACGUAAUUCUUUUACGUGCUUGAUUUCAUAGAACGUUUAAUUUGUACACGUGUUCAUAUGUUCAGUAAAGAGCAAAAGAUCCACAGAUUCACAGAUAUCGAACAGGAAUAUCUUGCUUUCCUUAAUAAGUCUUUUACGAAUAAAUUUCAGUAAUCAUUUUAUUAAAAUUUAUUGUGAUCGAUGAAUCCAAACGUUUUUUUGUGAAAUUUAAACAUAUAAGCAUUGUAUAAUAAAUAUAACACGGCAUUAAAAUAGUAAUAGAAAGCAGUAGAUAAUAUAAAAAUUAUAAUAAAAGAUGAAGUAAGUGAAAACAAACAAAUGCAGUUUGUUAAUAAGAAUCAUAAAAACUAACAGGACACGCUCUGUUGAAGAUUAAUCGAAAGCUGUUUAAAAAUCGAGAAGAUUCGAUAAGAGAAACAGUAUCUUCAUAAUUGUAUUAAUGUUGAUUGUAUUAAUGUUAAUCGUUGUCGAACAAAGAAACGAUUCGUCGAUCGGCCGUUAUUCGUCAAGAGGGGGAACUCUUACUUCCUACACGUUCACGUACGAUUCCCCUGCCAUUAACCUGUUGUAUUAUUAGUGUGACCAGUGCCAAGCCGAUGUGCUUCGGGCGUGUUUCCGGCUGCCAAUGAAUUUCACGAUUUCCCUUUCUAAACUGCGAGUCGAAUGAUUCCUAAUCCAGGAAUAACGGCUAUCUGCAGUGAAAUCCAUAGCAGCGUCGAUCAAUUCUGUUAUUCGCUGAUCGUGCGAGCGAUCGCGUGAGUGAACGAUCGUUCGCUGUAAUUAAAGCGGCGCGCUGCUUUACGAUGGAUGUCUCGCGAAUAAACGUGCUCAUACGUUCCACAGAUUUUAGUCUUUUACUUUUUAGGAAUUGGAAAUGUCAGGAGAAAUUUUCUGGAAUUGGACACACUGCUAUUAAUUUCACUUUCGAAUACUUUUGGUAUAUUUUAUAGCAUCGGGUUUGUAAAAUUCCUUAUGUAACUCUCGAUACGAAUUUCCUACGAUUAAUUCUGAAUUGAUGAUGAAUUCUUAAAAUACAAAUUUUUAAUUUUUAAAUCUCCAAGUGCACAAUUUUUUCAACUUCUGUAAGAGUUUAUCAUAAUAACGUUUUAAGUUAUUUCUACGCGUUUCUGUAAUAUAAUUGCAUUGCCAUUUUAAAGCAUCUUUUGCAAACAGUUUCAGAAAUCUUAUGCUGUUCUUAUCCCAAAUUACAGUUGAUACGGUCGUACAACCGCGAUUUGCAACUUUCUCCAUCAUUAGAUGAUAUAAACGUAUAUGAGAUAUUAUGUUAUUAUUAAGGAAUUUGAUAUUAAAGAUUUUUGCCCUACUGAUUCUAUAACCCAGAGACGUUACGUUGGCAAGAGAAAUUAAUAUGCUUAACGAGAGUAGUAUGCUAAUAGAAAUCGCGAAUAGUAUGCGUUCAGCUGUUCAAAAUGAAAGUUGUUUUACAAGUUUGCUUGCGACUUUUACUAGUAAUUAAAAGAAUUCUUCUACACGUGCUUCGCGUUAUUAUGUAUUCAUCGAUAAAUCUUUCUUGCACGUCUAUCAAAUGUUAUUACUUAUUGCCCCAGAAAACCUGUAAUUUUAUUCCAUUAAUACUUAAUCCUACCAUUUUUCUUACGGUUAGUCUUCCUCGGUUUCCAAUUUCUUGGAAACCUUCUUCGAGGGAGAUUUCGUUCGAUGAACGACUCUGGAAUCUUUGCUUCAGCGAGCAGCUUAUCCAGCCAUUAAGCGUCGAGCAACCCUUGAAACUAAAUCAACAGCUCGACCACGAGAUUACUCGGUUCUGGGAAAUCGUUAAACAAAAAGCGAAUGGAAAUGGACGGUCGAUAGAUGGGCAGGAUGGUCGUGUUGGACAUGUUUAUUGAAACUUCGAUUAGCUUAAUAGGAAAGCUUCGUUCGUUUCGGUAUAAUAAGCCGCGGUAACAACGUCAAUAGAAAAUUAAAAUCAUUACAGUUUAUUAAGUUUUUGCUAUUUCUUUAGUUCCAUCGAUAGCGUUACAUGAUUAAAACAUUUACGUAUUUUUCUUAAUGAUAUACAAAUUAUAGACAAGGUUGACAAUUAUACAAUCUUAUAAUGACUUCUUAGAAGCGAAAUUAAUAAUUCAAUUCUGUUAUGAUUUUGCUAUCUUUACGCGAGAAGAAUAGACUGCAGAUAUUUAUAUUUAAUGGAGAAGAAAUAUGUCUCGAAAACUCAAACAGUAUUUUAUCUAAACUAAAGAAACGGUUCCUACGUAAAAAUUUGUUUUGCUCUCUAGACAUUAUAAAAUGUAUCUUAUUUCGGGGAUUUUAAGCAUUUUUAUUCACUUUGUAUACAUUCUGUAGAUUUUUCUACAUUUAAAUAUCUUAAAUAUUCGUAGCCCAAUUAUUACAGGGGAGGAACAAAGGAACUAAGAUCAUUCGAAAUUUGUACGUCGACAAUGCAGGUGGAUUUACUAGAUUAGAAUAUAGCAGUGAUCUCAUUAUUCCAGAAGGUUGCUCAAUCUCUGUUACUGCAGUAUCGCGUAUCUCCUUUUACUCAGAAACGGGAUUCUUAUGACCCAAUUAAAGUAUAACUCUACAGAAACGUCUUACGCGAAUACUAAUUAAAUUGAUAAAAACACGUGGAAUAUUGAAAAUAUUUGAUUAUAUCUUUUUUGAUGCCGCUCAUUAUUAUAGUAUCAUUUCUUUUUCUGGGCAACAGGUUUAUAAGCGGACGUGUUUUGCAGCCCAUCUUGGAUACUUUAUCGAAGAUACGUGUAAUAUCGAAACACGCAGAAACAUUAUAAAUAUCCUAUUAUAUAACAUAUUUAUAGCUUUUCUAGCUUCGAUCGUAUCUUUGAUAGCGCGUUGCACUUUAUGACGAUAUUUCGUGAACAUUACAGUUCGUUUAUUUAGUUCCUGGAAUAGUUUCAGACGAAGAAGCGAACUAAGCUAGUUCAACGUUCACGAAACGUCGGCAUCAAGUGUAACGUACUAGCUUGUCCGAAAAGUUUCUUUCGUUUCAUAAGGUGAUAAUAGAUGAGCAACGAUUUCUGUUCUAUAUUAUUUCAUUGAAUUAGGUAUGAUCCAUUUCGUUAUAUCUCUAUUAUUAUGUUUGCGCAUAAUUCAAUAAACUAACGUAAAACAAGAAACAUCGUGCGUCUAUUAUUUCCUCAUAAAGCGAAAGAAACUUUUCCGACGACCUAAUACUAUCGAAAGGAAAAAUUUGUAAACGAAUAUAAGGCACAUUUUUCUUGGUGUCACUGAAAUUUUUCAAGAGAAUUUUCAGGCAAAACCAUGUUCCUAGGAAUUUGCCUUUCUUAAUUUUGCUUUUGGUAACACGAAUUUAUGAAAAGGUAUGAAAAACAUUACCGUGUGGAUACGUUUGUUUGCAUACACGUCCUGUUUAUUUACAUUUCUCGGUGAUAUAGCGUACUAUCUACCGUUCGCGAGACAAGAAACGUAUUGUACGUUCCACCGAUCGAAUUGUAAUGGCAAAAGCAUCAAACAAGUAGCAAGAUAGUGGCACCGAAUGACACAGUGCUAGAUCCUGCAGGAAGCAUUGUCAGCCUGAGGAACGUUCGUGCAUUGCUGGAUCGGUGAUUGUGCCACAAUCGACGUACAACUUUCUCGCUCGCAGAUUUACAAACACGGAAGAAGCUUGAAACCGGCCUAGUAGGUUCUACGGUAGUCGCAGUGUACGCAGGUUCGCGCUAGCGCACGGAUCAAGUCACGUCCUUGACAAAGCAGCCCUGCUGAACCAGUGAAGUUACAGUUUACCAGAUUUUUGAGUUUCUGGAACUUGCAGGUCUUCCGAAGGUUUUUCAUCGAGAUACGGAGGACGUGUCGAAUGGCAGGAUCGGUGUAACCUCGAAGAACGAGCCGAAACCAGGAGCCGAGAGGGAGCUUCCUCUCGAAGAGGGUUCGCCGAAAAACAACGACAUCGAUGUUGGAAAGUGUUGCAACGAUUUAAACGGUAUGCCGGAAUUCAAGGACGAUCAGAUCCAGUCGAACGACGAGGAGGUUUGUUUGGAUCUCGGAGAACCCUCGCCGGAAGUGAUGGAGUACGCCAGGAGAGAACUUGGAGAGACGGACGACGUUAAGUGUAGGACCCUUCAGGAAUUAAGAGAUAUGAUUUAUGAGAGAGGAGAAUGUCUGCCGCACAGGAUGGACGAUGACUUCUUGAUUAGGUUUCUAAGGACGAGGAAUUUUAACGUUAACAGGGCGCAUAGACUGAUCGUAAACUACUGCACCUUCAAAGAGGAACAUCCGGAGAUCCAUCAAGAUGUGUGUCCACUGGAGAUGAAGCAUAUCGGCGAAGACGAUGUGAUGUCGGUGCCAGCUUACAGGACGCAGGAUGGCAGGAGAAUAAUGAUCUAUCGACUAGGAAAUUGGGAUCCAAGGAAGUAUGGCGUGGAGGAGAUCUUUAAAGCCACGGUCAUCAUUCUUGAACUCGGAGUUUUGGAGCCGAGAGCACAAAUCCUUGGCGGCGAUGUAAUUUUUGAUCUGGAGGGAAUCACUAUGGCACAUGCGUGGACUAUCACUCCUCAGGUGGCCAGUAUGGUGGUAGCUUUGAUAGUGUCAGCGUUCCCAAUGACGACCCACGCUAUACACAUCCUCCAUCAAUCCUGGGUAUUCGACGUGAUGUUCUCGGUAUUUAAGCCACUUUUGGACGUGAAGAUGCAGAACAAGAUCUUCUUUCACGGUAGCAAUAUGGAAAGCCUUCACGAGCACAUCUCACCGUUCCAUUUGCCGAAGAAAUAUGGCGGAACCAGAGAGGAAUUGGCUUACUACAAGUGGAUAGACAACCUCAGCAAAGUCCCUCAAAUCGUCAAAGAGAUGAAGCAAGUCGGCUACAUAGUCCCUGAGGAGAUACAGAAGCAGUUAGACCAAUUGGUCGAGGAUUGAAUUAGGAUGUGCCUCAGGGAUUCCUGCGUUGCCAGUUCAAUAUUAUCUUCCAUUCUUGAUUAACA